CAAAUAACUCUAUUCGAAAUGCUACUUCCGGUGUGGCAGACGACACACGUAUUCCGCCUUUGGUUGUCAACAUAAUAAUCAUGAUAGCACAACUUGCAGUUGCAUUUUUCUUGUUUUUAAUUAGUACUGGCGUAUUUUUUGGAAUAACUAACAAUGCACAAAAGGAACCGUACAUGGACGAGCUGUUCCAUGUACCUCAAGCUCAACAAUAUUGUGCAGGAAACUUCACGAAGUGGGAUCCAAUGAUCACAACUUUGCCAGGACUGUACAUUGCAUCCUUGUUGCCAUUAUACCCCAUUGGGUUUAUAUUUAGCAAGGAGGAUAUUGCCAGCAGCUGCACACCUCUUCUGCUGAGGAGCACCAAUAUACUGUUCUCAGUUGGCAAUCUCUACCUUCUGUAUCUUACUACUUACAAGCUGCACUACAACAAAAAGAAUGGUGGCUCAGUAGUGCUGACAGCACUGACUCUUGCAACAUUUCCUGUGCUAUAUUUCUUCACAUGGCUUUACUACACUGAUGCUGGAUCUACAUUUUUCAGUCUUCUCACCUACCUCUGUGUUCUUCACAAACGACACCGUUCUGCUGCAGUUUGCGGACUUGUUGCCAUUCUUUUUCGCCAAACAAAUGUUGUGUGGGUCAUGUUUGGUGCUGGAGUAACAGCUGGACAGGUUAUUUUAAAAUGGCUUCAACUCAAGAAGAAAGAAGUUGAAGCAGGUCUAAGUGACGAGUUAAUAUUUUCAAAAACACUUUCACUGAUUAGCCAAUCAUUAAGAUACAACCCUAAACUACUUGUAGAUCUAGUAUUUCAGAUUUUCAAGGCAGUUUGGUGUUAUGCUGUUGUGGGGUUAAUCUUUGGGCUGUUUGUGCUGAUAAAUAAAGGGAUAGUGGUUGGGGACAGAAGCAACCAUGAGCCAUGUCUUAACUUUCCACAGAUCUAUUACUUUAUUACCAUAUGUGCAUUUUUCUCUUUCAUGCACAUGGUAUCCAUCCUAAAGGUCUGCAACUUUAUAACAUUUUCAGUCAGACAUCCAAUUGUAACUGUCACUUUCUUUUUGUUUGCUGUCAUUUUUGUUUCAAAAUUCAUGUACAUCCAUGUUUACAAUCUAUCAGACAAUCGCCAUUAUAAUUUCUACUUUCUUUCAAAGAUCAUUACCAGGCAUGAAUAUGCAAAGUUUCUUCUCAUUCCAGCUUAUUAUUAUGGGUUCGUUGUUAUGUGGAAUCUACUGCAAAAGAGAGAUCUCUUUUGGAAACUGUCAUAUUUUAUCUGCACAGUUGCCUGCAUUGUGCCACAAAGGAUGAUUGAAUUUCGCUAUUUUAUUUUUCCAUACCUCCUUUUUCGGCUGAACAUUCCUAUGGCUUCAGUGAAAUUGCUUUUGGCAGAACUUGCAUUUUAUUUUAGCAUUAAUGCUUUGACAGUUUAUGCCUAUGCAUACAAGCCCUUCCCAUGGCCAAACACUCCUCUCCCACAAAGAUUCAUGUGGUAAAUCAAGCUAUUGGGAGUGAAUUUGUAUGUUUAUGGACAUUUUAAAAGCAACAAUAAAACAUCCUGAGAUUUUCCUCUCCCUUACCCCUCCAAAAACAUAUUUGAUCUUGCAAAACAUUUUGCUUAAUCUUGACAGAACACUAUUUCAAAUCCUCAAUAAACUGUGCUUUUUGUUUUUUUAAACAUUUGUUGCUAAAUUUUCUGGUUAGCCUCACCUAUAUACCAGUGGUGUGUAUGUGAAUUAACCAUGCAUGUUAGAUUUUGUAAUUAACAGCUUGUUAUGUCUUUCACUGUUUUCAUUAUGUGAUUAGCUGGAAACAGUUAAAAUAAAGAAACAUUUUAAGGAAACUUUAA